AUGACAACAGCGCAGAUCAUAUCGCCUCGUUACAAUGAGCAAGAUCCAUCGGAAAUGGAAAUCACUGGCUUUGUCGUGUUCUCAGCUUCCUCUGACGGAGCCGAAAAAAAGGUCCUUUCGUCUAUGGGAGAGGGGAUCCAGAUAUAUGUGGGCGGUUUUUGCGAUGCGGGGCCGAGGAAAGCGACGCGAAAAAUCAAUGAGGCGAUAGGCGAAGUUGACUUUCUCGUUCGUCAGGGUCCUGUGAUCGUUCUCUCUCUCAAGGACCACUCAACGUGGGGCACUAGGCUUGCGCACCCAACUCGUCAUGCGGUGUCUGCCUUUCGAGAUCUUUCGAACGUCGACGAAACCAGAGUAACUUUCAUGCUCUACCCUCAGGAUUUACCGAAAGACGCCAUGCUGGAGGCCCGACCCGUUAUGCGGAAGCUGCAGCCAAACGAAAUUCUUUUUGUGAAAGGACCAGUUAGAAUGAGGAUAGAGGUUCCUGCUAAGGGCUCUUUUGUCUGGCAAGGGAACAGUGGCAAACCAAUGGGGCUUGAUAUGUUCGGGCCAGAGGUGUUUGAGUUCAUGGUGGGCCUUCCCAUAGGUGUUGCAGAAGCCCAAGAGGUGAAGCUCUCCAAAGAUGCCCCUUUAUCCGAAUGGCCAGGUGUGCGUGGUAUCUCCGGUUAUGACGAGGGAAACUACAUCACUGUCUUGUUCUUGGCUUGGGCAUACAUCCUAUCGGCGAAAUGGGUAGAGUUGCUCGAUCGCUCAGAAGCACAUCAGUGUUCAACGGAGUACUCACCUAAAGCCCGCCAAGGGCCCAAAGAACCAGAAAUAGAGGUUAUUGAGGUUGACCUGCCUCCGGACGCAAGCGAAGCCGAGAUCGUGUGGUGGAACGCUAUACUCUCCGGAACACCAGCAUGGGACAUAUCCAUGGAAUACGAGUCCGACAAAUUCAUCUCGCCAUGCCUUCCAAUACCUCACCCGCUUCUGCAACCACCACCACAUCUACGCACAAUGCACAGCAGCACUAUCAGCAUAAUUUUUCACCCGCGACGUCUUCCUCCGCAAGACACCGACCCUCCUAAUCCCAAACCCACCAAAAAUGUCACCUACCACUCCCCAACAAGCUCGCAAUCGAUCUCAUCUCUAAUCUCCGAACACGAAAACCUUCUCCCAUACUACAUGACCCUAAGCAGCAAAAUGUGCAUGACAACAAUUCCAGCAAUGAAAAGCAUCUUCUUCAACGCCGACAUCCCCUGCAAUUUAGUCAGUGCAUGGACAAAUGCGAUCUUCGCAGUUAUAAACCCAAUCGUGAAACAAGGCGAUAUCCCCCGUCUUCUCAACGGUCUGUCAGCACGCGGGCCACGCGUAGCUAGCCUCUGGCUCGGCACUGCGAUCAUGGGUACGAGUAGCAUAUACCUGAAACACAGCGAGCAGGGGUUGAUAGCGCCUGUUCUAGAAGCCGAGGCGUGGAUGGGUGUUAGGACUACGUUUUUGACACAGCCGCCUCGUAUCUAUGAUAAAGAUGCGGAGUUUGUGCAGCGAGAUGAUGAGUGUCGGUUGCUUCUUCUUGCGACGCCCAGUGAUGGGGAGUAUAAUCAUGGAUAUGUUACUGUCUGGCCGUGGAAGCCGUUUGGGAGGGCCCGGGUCUGUGAGACGGAUAUAUUGCUUCGGGAGCAUUUGAGCUGUGGAUGUCAUGUUUUGGAAUAUGAGGGUUGGUCUUGGGAGCUUGGGGAUGGGUCGAGGGUUGAGGAUACGGGUGUGGGGGCGCGGUUUUCGCCGUUGCUUUCGACGUCCAAUUAUUCAUCUAAGGCUGCGACUGUUUCUAGAUCGUAG